ACAACUCUUCAACAAAUGACAAAUAGUGGCACGGAUUAUACUUAUAAGAACAUUUACGCAGUUUUUAAUAGAACAUACCAAUAUUCACGACGUGUCUUUUUUUUACAACAAAUUAUUUCGUACGCACGUGUUUUUCUUGUUUGUUUUGCUUUUAAUCUUCUAAUUUUGCUUCUGACGUCACUAAGAAACAUGGCAGGAGUCCGUGCGUGAUGUGUUUUGAUAAAAGUUAUCAUUUUAAUUUGUUCGCGUUUGGUGAGUCCAAGCCGCAAGAUGUCUCCCUGAGCGUGCCGGGGAGCCGAUGUCCGCAGAGGAGUCCCAGGAGGGGGGUCAUGCCCUGGUGGACGUCAACACCUGCACCAUCGGGGACCUGGCACAGGUUGCCGGAGUCUGCCGGGCCACUGCCGAGGCCAUUGUGGCCGCCCGGAAGCUCCAGGGUGGGUUCAGUUGCCUAGAGGACCUCGGAGGGGUGCCAGGCGUGGGACCCUCCCUCCUGGAGACCUUACAGCUCUGCCUGACGUGCAGCCCCAAGGAAAGGACGCAUGACCCCCUGGGACACCGGUGGGGUAGCGGCAGCAGUGGCAGCAGCUGCGGGAGCCGCGAGGAGCUGGCGGGCGAGGUGGCAUCUUCUGUGCACCGACUGCUGGGCUCCGAGGGACCGCCGACGAGCGACGACGAUGAGAGCCGCUGCUCGCUCGACGAGGAGGAGCGGAGGGGUGCCUCUCCGCUGGGGGGACACGGGCGGGACCCGGACCCCACGGAGGACGACGUCACGGACGAGAUGGACGCCGCAGCCCUGCUGAAGCGCAAGCGGGACAUCCCCCCAAGGCCCUGCAAGAAACCCUGCAGUCGAGAGGCUGUGCCGGGCAGCGGCCGCUCCUCCCCCCUCCCCGUGGGCGCCGAGAGCCCCCCUUCGGAGGAGCAGGAGUCCCCACCGGCCCGGCGCUCGCGCCACCCGUCCACCUUAGUGCAGCCGCCACACCUCGAUGCAUGGCUCACCACUUUCCAGUCGUGGACUCACCUGGAGCGUCUGUGUGCCCUGGACCAGCUGAUUGAGGCAUGCGAGCCAGGGCAGGUGCGUCACAUGAUGCACGUCAUCGAGCCGCAGUUCCAGCGUGACUUCAUCUCCCUGCUACCCAAAGAGCUGGCGCUGUACGUGCUGUCUUUCCUGGAGCCCCGGGACCUCCUGCGGGCGGCCCAGACGUGCCACUACUGGCGCAUCCUGGCCGAGGACAACCUGCUCUGGCGGGAGAAGUGCCGCGAGGCGGGCCUCGAGGACGUCAAGGAGGUGCUGGGCAGAAGGGUGGCCUCACCCCCGUCCCCCGGCGGGGUUCCGCCCCCCAUCCCCUGGAAGCUGGCCUUCAUGCGCCACCACUACGUCGAGAUGAACUGGCGCUGCAAGCCCAUACGCGAGCCCAAGGUGCUGCGAGGCCAUGAGGACCACGUGAUCACGUGUCUGCAAUUCUCGGGCAACCGCAUCGUGAGCGGCUCGGACGACAACACGCUCAAGGUGUGGUCAGCCAGCUCGGGGCGCUGCCUGCGCACCCUGGUGGGCCACACGGGAGGCGUCUGGUCCUCCCAGAUGGCGGGCUCCCUGGUGGUGAGCGGCUCCACCGACCGCACCCUGCGCGUCUGGGACGCCGACACGGGCCACUGCCUGCACACCCUCUACGGCCACACGUCCACCGUCCGCUGCAUGCACCUCUGCGCCAACAGGGUGGUGAGUGGAUCUCGGGACGCCACGCUCCGGGUCUGGGACCUGGAGACGGGUGAAUGUCUGCACGUGCUGGUGGGCCACGUGGCGGCGGUGCGCUGUGUCCAGUACAACGGGCGCCUGGUGGUCAGCGGGGCUUACGACUACAUGGUCAAGGUCUGGGACCCACGCCGGGAAGAGUGUCUCCACACGCUACAGGGCCACACGAACCGGGUGUACUCGCUGCAAUUUGACGGAGUGCACGUGGUGAGCGGCUCGCUGGACACCUCGAUCCGGGUCUGGGACGUGGAGACGGGCGCCUGUCGGCACCAGCUCAUGGGCCACCAGUCGCUCACCUCCGGCAUGGAGCUCCGCAACAACAUCCUGGUGUCCGGCAACGCAGACUCCACCGUCAAGGUCUGGGACAUCCUCACGGGGCAGUGCCUGCAAACGCUUGCUGGCGCCAACAAGCACCAGAGCGCGGUGACGUGCCUGCAGUUCAACUCCAAGUUUGUGGUGACCUCGUCGGACGACGGCACUGUGAAACUGUGGGACCUGCGCACGGGCGAGUUCCUCCGGAACCUCGUGGCCCUCGAAUCGGGCGGCUCCGGCGGCGUGGUGUGGCGGCUGCGCGCGUCGCCCACCAAGCUGGUGUGUGCCGUGGGCUCGCGCAACGGCACCGAGGAGACCAAGCUCCUCGUGCUGGACUUCGACGAGCCCAAGUGAAGGGACACGCGGGGCUGGACACCUCCAGCCAAGUGCCAAAGGAGAGCGAACAAGACCGGACGCAUUUCUCGUGCCGGCACGGCGGCCGCAACGGACUCACUCGCCGCGCAGUCGCGGCUCGCCGAACCGACCGUCGAACUCGGGAGGUUUUGAGGAAAUAGUGCGUGUGAGAAAUCUCGGCAGGGGGUUGGGGGGGAUGAGGUAGGGGUUUUGGGUAAAAGCGUAAGAGCCUUUCGCUACUUUUUAUUAUUUUUUUGGUGUGGAAGCACGACGAUGGUCGUCUCUCGGAGACGCUUUUUCGACAAACGGGCCUAUUUAUUUCAACGAGAAACGGAAGCAAAUUGGGGGAUUUGUGUCUGCGAGGAGUGUUUUUAACGUCGUCGCGCGUUUGCUGAGCCGUGUUGUGUGGUUCGCCGCCGGAUGCCGCGAGGUUGGAGAUUGUGGGCGGUGGCAUUGUCGUAGCCAUGUGCCGUUUGUCUGGGGAAAACUAACUUAAAACGAAGAAGGAGUAAACGAGAAAAGUGGCAGCGCAGUGCGCUGCCCUUUGACUGCCAUGUUCUAGCUGUACAUUUGUUUCUGCCUCGCUAACUUUAAUUUCCGUUGCUUUCGUUUCUUGCAUUGUACAUUUCUGUAUACUCUUCUUUUUCUGCUGUGUUCUCUGCAGGUUUGUUUUUGUCUAUUGUUGAUUUGGAGGCAAAGUAAAAGAAGAAAAAUUUGUUUCACCCAUA